UACUUGGUGGGGGUUCUAUCCACGGUCUUGUUCAUAUAAUACACUGCGACUCGCUUACCGGCUACAUUCUGUGUUUGGUGCUAGAUUGGUCUACAGUGCGGCAGUCUGUAGUGAGCCGACACCCUCCUAACUUGUACAUAUUUUUUACUCGAAAGCCUAACCCCACAACAGACUAAACAUGUGUGACGAGGAAGUUGCUGCACUCGUAGUUGACAAUGGAUCCGGUAUGUGCAAGGCCGGAUUUGCUGGUGAUGACGCGCCCCGUGCCGUCUUCCCAUCCAUUGUUGGACGCCCCCGUCAUCAGGGUGUGAUGGUUGGUAUGGGACAGAAGGACAGCUACGUCGGUGACGAAGCCCAGUCCAAGAGAGGUAUUCUCACCUUGAAAUACCCCAUCGAACACGGUAUUGUCACAAACUGGGACGAUAUGGAGAAGAUCUGGCAUCACACCUUCUACAAUGAACUUCGUGUUGCCCCUGAGGAACACCCAGUUCUGCUUACCGAGGCUCCAUUGAACCCAAAGGCCAACAGGGAGAAGAUGACCCAAAUCAUGUUUGAGACCUUCAACACACCCGCCAUGUAUGUUGCUAUCCAGGCUGUUCUCUCUCUGUACGCUUCUGGUCGUACGACCGGUAUUGUAUUGGACUCUGGAGAUGGUGUUUCUCACACCGUACCCAUUUACGAAGGAUAUGCUCUUCCUCAUGCCAUCCUUCGUCUCGACUUGGCUGGUCGUGACUUGACCGACUACCUCAUGAAGAUCCUCACAGAGAGAGGAUACUCUUUCACCACCACCGCUGAACGUGAAAUCGUUCGUGACAUUAAGGAGAAACUCUGCUAUGUCGCCCUUGACUUUGAGCAGGAAAUGGCCACCGCUGCUUCAUCUUCUUCUCUCGAGAAAAGCUACGAACUUCCCGACGGUCAGGUGAUUACCAUUGGUAACGAGAGAUUCCGUUGCCCCGAGGCUCUCUUCCAGCCUUCAUUCUUGGGAAUGGAAGCUAGUGGCAUCCACGAGACCACUUACAAUUCCAUCAUGAAGUGCGACGUCGACAUCCGUAAGGACUUGUACGCCAACACCGUACUUUCCGGAGGUACCACCAUGUACCCUGGAAUCGCCGACAGGAUGCAGAAAGAAAUUACCGCUCUUGCACCUUCCACCAUGAAAAUUAAGAUCAUCGCACCACCAGAGAGGAAAUACUCCGUAUGGAUCGGUGGUUCCAUUCUUGCAUCGCUCUCCACCUUCCAACAGAUGUGGAUUUCCAAACAAGAGUACGACGAGUCCGGCCCAUCCAUUGUCCACAGGAAGUGCUUCUAAGCGCCGUCUUGAUAGUCAUAUACCACAUCUUCGCUAUCACCACACUAAAACACCUUCCAUGAGUCUCUUUCCAUGUGCUGGGUAAUACCGAUUGAUUGAUCUAUGGCAUUGCGUUUAAUCCGAUACAAGAUUUUUUCUUUAUAUUGGAUUAAGUGUAUAUUGAAUGAAAAGACAUCUUCAGAGGCUCCUAAAGAUCCUUGCUCUACUCAUUUUUCAUCGUUUAACUAGACACCAUUAUAUCUUAAAAGUGCCCCCUUAGCCCCCCCAUUCCACAACCCCUUCCCAACUCCCAGUUGUAUUAUAUAUCGAAAAUAACAUACCAGCCUACGGUAGUGUGUACCUAACAUUCACAUAUUAUAUUUUUCAUUGCGAUAUUUUUCUUCGCGACAAAUUUAAGACCUUUUAUUUUUUUCUCCGCAUUUAUAUAUUUGAAUUUUCUUCUAUUUCCAACACUUCUUUCGAGUAAGAGUAUGAUAUUAAGAAAUAUUGUCUGAAUAAUUCGUAGCGGUAUAAACGUAACAAGUUUAUAAUAGAAUUAUUUAUCUAUUAGAGAGUUGCCGCGUUUUUGUUCCUACGAAAUAACGGUACAUACGAGUAUACCACAAUUAUUAUUGCUCUGCUCUUGUAUUUAAUGAUAUUUGUCUGACUUAGAGGGCGCAUCAUUCCGGGCGGGCAGGCCUCUAUCUUAUUUUUUAAUUGUCACUGUUAUUAAUUAUUAAUUAAAGAAAGAAAAGACUCUUGUAAGGGGAGACCGCCAGCCCAAAAAUAAAGAAAAGAUAAAACAUAAUAAUAAACAACAAUCCCACACGCUCGCUCAAAACAUUAAACCUUGCAAGCUUAAUACAUUGUGUUGAUUCGACAAUUUGUAAGAUAUUGAUAUAAAAAUGCAAAAAAAAAUACUUUUCGUAAUAUUUAAUAUUAUAAUAAAAAGGAGAAUAGAAACGAAUGAAAGGCGUUAACAAUUUUGUAAUACUGUAGAACGCAAAUUUUUUCAGAGAAAAUUUUCCAUCAUUGUACGAACAUCAUUUUAAUGUUCUUUCUUACAAAACAUAAACAAAACAAAAAAUGAAAAAAAAAUGAAAAAAAAAACAAUGAAAACUUAAAGACGGUUUCUUGCCUUAGUGGGCGGGAUUCUGCCAAAGUGAUUAUUAAACACUAGCCAAAGUAUUAUAAUUUAUUCCCAUUAUAUUGUGCAAGACCAGUCACGUACACAACUUAAGAAGAAGACUACUUUAGACUUAUGGGAUUAUAAAAUAAAAAUCUUGAAAAACAUUAAAAAAAGAAAAAAAAAAUAACGUACUUUAUUGAAAAUCGUAUACCUCUCCUCUCCUGUAAUUUAAUUAGGUUAACAUCGAUGAUAUUGUUAAGUCUUUAUCUUACGAAUUGUUGAAAUCGCGGCUAAAAACUGUAUGCAUAAAAUACAACUGAAUCAUCGUCAUUUAUACUCCGUUGUUCGUACUUGUCCAGCCUCUGGUUACAGAGAAGCUGUAGCUUUGUACCGUUUAGAAUAAUUUUUGCAUCUUAUUGUUACAAUAAAACUACACUAUCAUUCUAAUAA